AUGUCUCUGAAAAAGCCGGAGCAAGACGUUGAUUCCGUUUCGUCUGCCCGUAGCGGUGUUUUCCGCCAUGCCCUCCUCAAGACUGCCUCUGGACGCCCUAUGGUCGUUGACCGGGACUUGCCCGCACCUCCCGUCUUGAGCCAGCAAAUCAACCCAGACGAGCCACUCGAGAAGGUCGUCAAGGAAAAGACGCCUGAGGAAAAGGGGCACGAGCACAAAGCUACGGCGUCACUUCCCUCCAGGAACUACUCUCAAGAAGGCACCUCGUCCGCGACCGAAUCGGAUUCCUCACAUCCCAGAGAAAGGAUUUGCGUUGAUCCUGAGCUCCACCCCGAUGAAUCGCACAUCAAAGCCCAUCAUCGAGGUCUUUUGAAGGGUGCUGACUUUUGCGACACUGGAGUGCCUGGCCAGCCUGUGGCUCAGCUUCCCGAAGAUGAACAUGAAAACGACGAGUCAGAUCCAUCCAAGGAGUCGGAGCCAACGGUGAUUCUUGCGCGUGUCAAACGAGCCAUGACAGGUGACGACAAUUGUCUCUCAACUGUCGAAAUCACACUUCCUCCCAAAGUGGAGGGCCAUAGUCGUGCUACGAAAGUUCGGCCGGCCUUCAACACGCCCACCUUCCACUAUCCAGUCGACCCGGCAAACCCAGGCAAUCCUGUCAGUACCAUCAGCCAACAGGCUUCGCUGGGUGUUUCCAAGGUGCGGCCGUUCGACUCGUCAAAGGAGCACCAGGAAUCCAAGAUCGGCGUCAUUGGAUCACCCAUAUCGGAUUAG